GAAAAUAAUUAGUAGGACAAGAAAAUAGUGAAGAUUGAAGAAACCACAAUUUUUGCACCCUGCCCCUUUCCAUCUCUCUAUCUCCGCUGCUGACUGUGAUUGCUCUGUUUCUCUCUCACUUGGAUUUUUUUAUCAAUCUUUUCCUUUCUAAGAAUCGCUCUUCUCGAUCGAUCAGUGCCAGUGUUCAGAAAAGAGCCCUUUUUUGUCACUUGAAGGCUUCGUGGGCUUAGUGUUUUUGGAAAAAGAAACAAAAACAAGGGUUUGCGAUCACUUGGAUUUGUGGGUUUAAGUUUACUUCAAAAAAAUUUAUUCUGAAAUUGAUCCCGACUUGUAACUUUCAUCAUAUCUUGCAUAGUCUUGGAGCUCCGUGACUGUCAUUUUUGUGGUCAAUGGCAGAGCUUGCUACAUCGCCUGUUUGUCGGAACUGUUAUAUGUUUAUGGUCAUUAUUGCAUCCUAAGAAUGCACACAUCUGUCUUGAUUGCUAAUGGUGUCUUGUGAUCCUUGGGAUCUCGAGUAAGAUGGGAAGUAAUGGUGGAGAGCACAUAAAGAUUUCUGGACCAGAUGCAGCUGAAUGUUCUCAAACCACUGUUCAGAUCAAGAUCAAGACAUUGGAUUCUCAAACUUACAAUCUGCGGGUGGAUAAAUGUGUGCCUGUUCCAGAACUGAAGGAACAGAUUGCUUCUGUAACUGGUGUCCUGUCAGAGCAACAACGCCUUAUAUGUCGAGGAAAAGUUUUGAAGGAUGAUCAACUCCUCUCAGCUUACCAUGUGGAAGAUGGGCACACUCUGCAUCUUGUUGUGAGACAACCCAUUGCUACCUCAGUAGAGCAGUCAGAUCAGCCAGCAACUGAUCCAACAUCAAGUACAGGGCAAAACACAAGUGGUCAGGUAAGCCCUGGUAUGGUGGUUGGAACCUUUAAUAUAUCAGAGCAGGGAGAUGGAGCUUUUCCUGAUCUAAAUCGGAUCGUUUCUGCUGUACUUAAUUCUUUUGGUGUUACAAGAUUUGGAAGCGGAGCUGAAGGGAUUGAUUUAAAUCAACCUCCAUCGGAACGUCAACCAACUGCACCUGGGCUCAGUGGUACCAGAAAUUCUUUUAGACCGCCAACUGACCAAGCAGCUUCAGUUUCUGUUCCUGUGGAACCUCUGCAGCCACUGGUUAUACCUGAUUCAUUGACUACUUUGUUACAGUACUUGAGCCAUUUGAGACAAGAAUUUUCUGCAUACGGCCAACGUUCAAAUGCCCAAAAUGGGAUUGAUGGGCAAGAGUCAGAAUCUGCUGUGCAUUCUAGUGAGCCAAGAGGGCUUCUGAAUCCCGAGUCAUUGUCAGAGGUGAUGUCAUCUUCCAGAGAGCUUCUUCUUGAACAUGCCACUGAGUGCCUGUCGCAACUUUCAGGACAGCUUGAAUCUCAGUCAAGUGUAACGGAUUCAUUGGAGCGGUCAAGAAUUCAAUCUAGUGUUAUAAGAUCAGGAGCUCUUUUUCAAAAUUUGGGUGCUUUGAUGCUAGAGCUUGGUAGGGCCAUGAUGACCCUGCGGAUGGGUCAAUCACCGGCUGAUGCAUUGGUUAAUGCUGGACCGUCGGUCUUCAUAUCUUCAACUGGGCCCAAUCCUAUCAUGGUUCAGCCUCUGCCUUUCCAACCAGGGGCGAGUUUUGGUUCAGUUCCUGUGGGUACUGUUCAGCAUGGCUCUGGUGUAGCUGGAAGCUCUUCUGCUUCAGGUUUCCUGCCCAGAAAUAUUGACAUCAGAAUACGAGCAGGUUCAUUAUUUCCUCGAAGAGAGCCUACUGCUUCGCCGUCUCAAGGGCAAACUGGUACACCAUCACCCAAUAGCACAAGUCCCAGUCAGCAACAAGAUGCCGCGACAGCUGAACCAAACUCGCGCAAUAGGGAACCACAACUGAGGGCAAUUCCCCUUAGAACUGUAGUGGCUGCAGUACCGGCCCCUGUUGGUCGUAGUGCAGAUUCAUCUCGUGGUUCAGUAGGGAUCCUGUAUCCAGUUAUGGCUAGAGUGCAGCAUCAAUCUUCAGGAAGCUCAAAUAAUGCAAGAACUUCUCAAGCAUCAGAUCUAAAUCAUGCUGCUGAACAGCCUGAUUCUUCAACACAACAGCAACAUGUUCCAAUCCUUGGAGGAAAUGGGAGCAGCAAUUUACCUUCUGAAGCACUUAAUGAUCAUGAAUUUUCAGGACUCGAGCAACUGCUAAGUAGUAUAUUUCCAGGGGGUCAGAUCCUCAGUGAAAGUACCGAGCUCCCUCAUUCAGCAUCUGAAGCAGCUCACAAUUCUGAGGCUGUGAGUGAAGAAGGGGUAAUUUUAUCUAAUAUUCUACGCCAGAUAAUGCCAAUGCUCUCUGAUAACAUGACCGCAUCCACUGAAGGAGCAAAUGCAGAUGAAGCGCAGGGAGAUGGCAACAGUGAUCAGGGAUCUUCUCGUCGCAGGAGAGGCUCUGAGUCACAAGAAAAUAAAAAACGUCAGAGGAGGGAGUAGUGGAAGAAGUCAAGAAGAGACCGUUAUUUGAUGGCGCUGAGGUUGACUGGCAGUGGCAGCUAAUGAUAAGAGAGUCAAACAGAGACGUACAUAAUUUCCUUGGUCUUCUUUUUUUAUGAAUAUCAAUUUUCUAUUAUUGGGUGAUCUUCCUCGACUUUAUUAAGUAAUGUUAUUCUUUAUUCAUUAAGUUAGAGAGAGAGGGCAUGGAGAAGUGAUAGUGUACAAGCAUAACACUAAAUGUUACAAUCUUGUAUUUAUUGUCUUUUCCUAAAUUUUACUUCAGUAAUGACAUGCAAACAUUGCAUUAA